CCGUCGUCGCUCGCCGACAUGAUAAGUCGGAAUAAAAUGCUUGAAGCCGCCAUACCGAAGUGCGCAGGAUGCGGUGAGCCCAUACUGGACCGGUUCAUCCUCAAGGUGCUCGACCGCUGCUGGCACGCGCGCUGCCUCAAGUGCGCCGACUGUCACGUGCAGCUCACAGACAAGUGCUUUUCCAAGGGUGACCACGUGUACUGCAAGGACGACUUCUUCCGUCACUUUGGUACAAAGUGUGCGGGGUGCGACAAGGGCAUCCCGCCCACAGAAGUGGUGCGGCGCGCGCAGGAUCAUGUGUAUCACCUGGAGUGUUUCGCGUGCCUCAUGUGCAGCCGGCAGCUCAACACCGGCGACGAGUUCUACUUGAUGGAGGACCGGAAGUUAGUCUGCAAGACCGACUACGAGGCCGCCAAGGCGCGAGGUGAGGAGGGUUUCGGCGACUACAGCCUGGACGACGCGAGCAAGCGUCCACGCACCACGAUCACCGCUAAGCAGCUGGAGGCCCUCAAGCGCGCCUACAACGAGAGCCCUAAGCCGGCGCGCCACGUCCGCGAGCAGCUCAGCUCCGAGACGGGCCUUGACAUGCGCGUCGUACAGGUCUGGUUCCAAAACAGGCGUGCCAAGGAGAAGCGGCUGAAGAAGGACGCCGGGCGACAGCGCUGGAGCCCCUACCUGCGGCAGCUCAAGAAGAACGGCGACCUCGACAGCUCCCUCAGUGACGACCGCUCAGAAGACGGAAUGACUGAUUACCAUGUUGACAUGGAAGAGAUGGAUCCCGGCUCGGUGCACAGCGGCCGCCUCUCCAGCGACCUCUUCUCCGGCUCCCUGGAGCACGACUCGGGUCUCGCCGGCCAUCACGGCCCGCCCGGCACCCCACCCAUGGAGGCCUGGGGGCCGUACGGGGGAAUGAUAGGAGCCACGGGCUUCCUGGGCCGCAGAUCACCAAAUAUGAACGGACAAUUAAUGCAACUGGAAGGCAUGGCACAGAUGAUGGGAGGCCCAAUUGGGGGCCGCAUGCUCCCAUCGGAAAUAGGUGACAACGGUCGAGGUUAUCCAGACUUCGGACAAAAUUCAAGUCAUGUUGAAGUGUUUUGACUUUUAGCGAACCGCUAAUUCUAAAGCAAGAACGACAUACAUUUUAAAAUGUAAAACAGCUUUACAAUAAAAGGGGUUACUACUGCAAACGGUACGACAGCCAAUGUUUUGUUAACCGGAAAUACCGGAUGUUUUGAUUUAAUACGAAACGAGGUAGAUGACAAAACGCGUGACUUAAACAAAGAACAGGAAACAUUAUUUGCUGCUCCAACCUACUGCAUUAUAUCGAUGAAUAUACUAGCAUGUAAAGUAUGGGUUCCUGUAGCAAUUAGUUGUGUUAUAAACCAUCUGUAAGAAGGGUGUGUUGAUGUGUGUGCGUGCGUGUGUCGUACACACGCGGGGCUAUUGUGUGUGCUGUUUGACCCAAUAGUUGUUGUGGCUCAAAACGAACAACUAUCUAGUCAUUUGGUUUACACUAUUAAAUCAUUUUUCAUUCUGUUUUAAUAUAUAAAUUUAUUAAACAUAUAAAAAUCUGAGAGCAGCUGCUCAUGCUCAUAUAAUUGUUUGUGAAAGUAACGUCGGAUAUGGGUUGUUUUGUGACAUAAGCAUCGGUAUGGAGCAUCACCCCGCUGACAUUAUGGCUCCCGACCCUACACCAUGCCCACAUCCGGGCUCCGGACCCUACACCUUGCCCACAUCCGGGCUCCGGACAAUCCAUCCACCUUACAUUCGGGCCCCGGACCUUCAUUCCGUUGUGCCCUAUGUGCAAUAAAUAUCCAUCCUGUAGGCAGCGACUGCGACGUUGAAGAUUGACAUUGAACAUAAUCGACUACACCAACAAUAUUACUUACAUUAUUAUCGUAUAAAAUAGUCAAGCAUACCCAGUGCUCCAGCUAGGAUUUGAAAAGGGUAGAGGGGGGGGGGUGUGUGGCUAUUUUGUCAAAAGGGCACUUUCGACGCGCAGUAUUUUGUCAAAAGGGCACUUUCGAGCGCGCGGGCGUAUCUGGCAUGCUUCCUCUUGCAUAUUAAUUUAUAUGUUAUUGAUAAUUGUAAGAAUAUAUUUUUCCCAUUAUAUACUGCCAUAAAUUGAUAACAAUGUAAUAAGAGAUUUAUAAACUAUCAUGUCAGAAACAAACAUUUUUUAAAGGGCAUGGCGGGGCUUCAGAAGGGCCGGGCGGGGCCUCGGAUGGGCAGGGCAGGGCCUUCCAAGUAGGCCUAGCUGGAGCACUGAUACCGCACUACUACUACAAGUCUUAACUUACAUGUAUUUAUCUAAAACGUAUUAACCAUUAACACAUUAAGUCGGCGACAUUUUAACUAUUGUUCAUGUUUUCUUUUUCUCUCGCUGUAUAUAAUUCGUCAUUGACAUCUGCUUUUGCUCGCAUAAUAUCACUUCUUCUUAUUAUACAUAAAAUACUGUUUAGAGUAUUGUUUUGUUUAACAUGUAGUGUUGUUCUAUGA